AUGGCUGAAGUACUGGCUGUUUUCGCCGCGAUCCAAGCUACCACACAACUUGUGGAGCAAGCCUUCCGAAUCUUCGAUCGCCUACGCAGGGCAAACGCUCGUCAGAAAGCUCUUGCUGAAGUCUUGGCUCGACACCGUAGCGAGCUCGAGAGUAUCAAGACGAUCAUCGGUAUAAUAGACGAUGAAGAGGACCUGCAAAUCCCUACUGUUGCUACCGAGCUCGUCCGACUUCAAGCUGUGCAGAACAAGUUGGCCGAAUUGCUUGAGACGCUCGACCCCAAGACGGCAAGCAAGGUCAACCAAUUAGCGCGUCAGCUGGUCCAUGGCUCAGCGGAUGAGAAGAAGCUUGGUUCCAUCAUGGAUGAGCUGGUCCAAGUCAAGACCCUGCUUAUUUUGCGCAUCCAGGUCGCCCACAUCGGAGUAAUACGUACUAUUGGAAAGGAGGCCGUAGUCAAUGCGGAAGUUAUAAAGCGAAUAGACGCUUUCUUGAGGGAGCGUGUUCCCAACUGCGAGGGGUUACGAAUUGCACGAUUGUUGAAGGGCCGAAGUCCAUCAAAUGAUGGCACGAUGCCAUUGACUCUUGCAGAUCUCAGAGCUCUUGACAAGGAGAUCAAUGGCGAUGGCGAAGAUAGCGGAGACGAGACGCUCGUUGAUGAUUCCGAAAUAUCACCUCGCGAGUUGCCGGUCAAGACCGAGCGCAUCAUCACGCGGAACACAGCGCGGAACCAGGCUCUGCAAGUGAAUGCUGCUCUCGAACAGGAUAUGUGGAAAGACAUAGAUCGUCUCAAGAUCCAGGACAACGUAGCUGAAGACCAGAGUUGCCAGGUCAACUACCCUAUAUCGCGGGACAUAUUCUCGAUGAUGCUCGACCGGCAAAAGACCAGUAAGCACGCGUUAAGGAAGACGUGA